UCACGCCGACGUCCAGUGUGCGAGGGAGAGGGAGAGGAGGGGGAGGAGGAUGCGAGAAGGAGCGGCGCCGCCCCCUGACACGUGCCGCGCCGCGCGCGCGCGCCGCGGAGUCCGCGGGCCGCCGGCUCGGGCGCGAGCAAAGCCGAGCUACAACGAGCUGUAAUUCGAUUACAACGAGAGUGUUGCUUGAUUACAGCGAGGUGUUGUACUCCACUUUACGCGUGCUGCUCCACACUUACACUGACACGCGCUGCGCGCGCAGCCACCCCUUCGCCUCCUCCUCCCCUCCCAUCGCCGCAUUCUGUUCCUUCACUACUCUCUGCUGUUCCUCUCUUCGCUCUCAGUCUCUCCGCUCCCAGCGCUCCGCCAUGGAGCUGCCCGUUCCCCGUGGCGGCGCCGCUGGCUUGGCCCGCGAGGCGCGGGCUGCAGCGAAGGGCAAGGCGAACGCCGCCAAUCGCGGCGCCGACAUGUCCCGCGAGGCUGUGCUCGCACGCCAAGAUGAAGCUGCCAGCCCCAGCACCGCCGCCGGCUCCAGCACCGCCGCAGGCCGCAGCACCGCUGGUCUCACCCGUCGUCAAGUGCGCGCCGAAGGGCGUGCCGCGGCGGCAGCUAAGUCCGUCGGCUUCGACGACUCGCCCGCGGGGCUGCGCGCCCUUGAGGCCGCUAUAGAGGCGAAAAUGAACGCCAUGCAGGUCAUCUCUGUCGGCCGUGCCCGUCGUCAGUACGACGCUGUGCUCGAGCUGAAGAGCUUCGUCACGGAACACCACGACGAAGAGGACUUCUUGCGAUACUUCUCCAAGAACGGACCGGAGCUGCCGCAGAAGUGGUGGCUUGGCUUCGCCAACUACCGCGCUGCGACGGGCGUCGGUCCCACGCCGCGUGCGCAAGCGCAAGAUGAAGACGACGCCGACUACCAUGCGGCAGUCGAGGUGCAGUACCCUCCCAUGGAGUACAUCGCUCGCGUGCAGAUCUUCAUCGAAACGACGCUGCAAGAGCGCCACAAGCUCACCACUUCAUGGCACGAGAAGCCGGUGUCAACGCCGGCCGACUUCCGCGCCAUUUUGCAGGCGGCGAGCAGCAACGACGAGAUUCCCUUUCGCUGCGCCGAGGAGCGCCUCAGCUUCACUACCUUCACGAAGCUGCUGCUAUUCACCGCAUCGCGUUCCAGCGAGCUCGUGCGCACGGCAAAGUAUCAGGGACCCCAAGCCGUCAACGAGGAUGGUGUCGUCACGUUCUACUCGCUCGAGCCUGCACUUGCGCCCGACGCGCUGCGCUGGCGUGACCUCGACUUCUUCUUCCUCGGCGGUCCGGAGGGCACGGCUGGCACGAUCGUGGUCGAGGUCAAGAUUCGCCUCCUCAAGGGCCACCGUGCAGAUGACAGCAAGUUCAAGUCUGUCGCUCUUUACAUUGACUACGACGACGCGCUGGUCUGUCCGAUCCGCGACUUGCUCGCGCUCGGCAAGCUGCAGGGCGUGUGGGAGGACAAUGCUGCGGAUCCGGUGCGCGUCCUCGAGGACGGAACUCUCAAGCUCGCGUGGCAAAACAAGGCUCCGAUUCGGCAGCUCGAGAGCAAGACGGCAAACUUCGUCUUCCGCCGCUGCACCACCACCGCCACGGGCGAGGUCUGCAUGCUCAACGAGGGGAGCACGAGCACCAUCAAGAGGGACCGCAAGAUGCUGCGCCUCUGCGGCUAUGCGUGCGGUAUCAGCCACGAAACGCCCACCACCUUCCACAUGUUCCGUCGCCAAGCCAUCGAAGCCCUGACCGAGAAGUUUGCCGGCGAAUACUGGCGCGAGCGAGCUCGCAAGCGUGCGCGCCACGCCGACGACAGCGACGGCACCAGCAGCGAGGCUGCCAGCUACGCAAACGACGCGACGGACCGCAGCUCCGGCGAUGAGCCUGACUAUGGCUCCGACGACGAGGCCUUCCGCCGCUUCGACGAUGAUGCCGACCCUGGCGCCGGCGACAAGACCGAGCCCGGCUCUAGCGUCAAGACCGAGCCCGACUCCAGCGUCAAGGCCGAGCCUGGCGCGGGCGACGAGGCCGGCUCGUCCGCCUGAGGUGCAAGUCCUGUGGCUCUUCGAGCCGCCAAGUCGAACGGCGCCGACCUGCCACUCCCAACGUUCCAUCACGAGCCAUCUCUUCACGUCACGACAUCCCACGUCACCGCAGCAUCCAUUCCACGAGCCGGCCGCACCCAACACGAACACGAGCGC